GGGUGGGGGGAGUUAUUUGCACUCCCUUAAUAAUUCACAGACUGUCACGCAGGUAUUUCAUGGAACAGCACGUAGUGUGCCUAUUCCGCUACGGCAAUCGCGCACCAGCGCAAUACUUAAAGAUUAGUGUAGCAUGGCGCAGACAUAAACGCGGCCAGCGCUAGGACCCGGUGUCCCUUUCUCCGGAUUUCUUUUUUUUCUUUGUAGUUUUGUUUCGCCGGUUUGAGGUGCGCAAAUUUUUUUACCGACGGAGUGGGAAAGAUGCAGUGAUCGGGGACAUCCAGGCGGAGAUAGCGGCGCGGUCUGAGAGAGAGGCUCCGCGAUGCGCAGACAGCAGCGGGGCUUUCACUGAUUUCUUGGCACUUGAUCCAGGCUCGCUCCCGACUGCUCCGCGCACGCCCCCCGGGGCUUCGCCAGCACCGCACUCAACGCCGCUUAUUGCACUACAGCGCUUCUGGGUUCAACUUUGGCAUCUUCUUUGGAUAACUAUAAGGAAAAGGCGACCUUCCUCCAGGUGUAAAUGCCAGCUAUGAGGGAAAGAGUAUUUGACACCCGCUGUUUAUUCGUCUGCCUUUCUUUAAUGGUGCUUUGGCAUAAAAGGUGUGCUGAGGCUGACCCUACCACAGAUGCUUUCAAAAACAACAUCACUCUCUUCACAAGAAUCCUCGACAGACUUCUGGAUGGUUACGAUAACCGCCUAAGACCCGGAUUAGGAGAUCGUGUGACAGAAGUGAAGACCAACAUUUAUGUCACCAGUUUUGGGCCGGUAUCAGAUACGGACAUGGAGUACACGAUAGACGUGUUCUUCAGGCAAAGCUGGAAGGACGAGCGGCUGAAGUUUAAUGGGCCGAUGAACAUUCUGCGCCUGAACAACCUGAUGGCUAGCAAGAUCUGGACCCCAGAUACCUUCUUCCACAAUGGGAAGAAGUCAGUGGCCCACAACAUGACCAUGCCGAACAAGCUUCUGCGGAUCCAGGAGGAUGGGACCUUACUCUACACCAUGAGGCUCACGGUGCAGGCCGAGUGUCCCAUGCAUCUGGAAGACUUUCCCAUGGACUCACACUCCUGUCCCCUGAAGUUUGGCAGCUAUGCGUACACGAUGACGGAGGUGACGUACUCGUGGACGCGCAAUGCCUCGGAGUCAGUUGUAGUGGCAGAGGAUGGUUCCCGGCUUAACCAGUAUGAUCUGCUUGGGCAGACAGUUGGGAAGGAGACCAUCAAAUCGAGCACCGGCGAGUACACUGUCAUGACGGCUCAGUUCCACCUGAAGCGUAAGAUCGGCUACUUCGUGAUACAGACCUACCUGCCCUGCAUCAUGACCGUCAUCCUGUCCCAGGUCUCCUUCUGGCUGAACAGGGAGUCUGUGCCAGCCCGGACCGUUUUCGGCGUGACCACUGUGCUGACCAUGACCACGCUCAGCAUCAGUGCCCGCAACUCCCUGCCCAAAGUGGCCUACGCCACAGCCAUGGACUGGUUCAUCGCCGUCUGCUACGCCUUCGUCUUCUCCGCCCUCAUCGAGUUCGCCACUGUCAAUUACUUCACCAAGCGUGGUUGGGCCUGGGACGGGAAGAGUGUCGUCAAUGACAAGAAAAAGGAGAAAGCUUCUAUAAUAAAGAAGAACAAUGCGUAUGCUGUGGCCGUGGCCAAUUACGCACCCAACAUCACCAAGGACUCUGUGCUUCCGACCAUCUCCAAAGGAGCUACAGCCGACCCUAACAAGGCCAAGCCGGACGCCAAGCCCGCAGAGAACAAGAAGACAUUCAACAGCGUCAGCAAGAUCGACCGCAUGUCCAGAAUAAUCUUCCCAGUCCUCUUUGGCAGCUUCAACCUGGUUUACUGGGCCACUUACUUAAACAGAGAACCUGUAAUAAAAGAUAUGGUCCCCUCGAAGUAGAAGGGGCUGGAAUGUGGUCUAACAUACAUUGAAUAUAGGACUGAAGACAAGCCAAAUACAACCAGUAACUGCUAAACUAUGUACUUUGUUAAGCUGGCGUAAAACAGCCAUUGAGUUGGAUAAUUUCUCUCGUUUUUGUACACCUUUUAUCCGAAGCAGUGCUUUUCAGAAGACAUAGUAUAUAUAUACGGCUGUAAAUAUGUAUCUAUUUAUUUUCACAUGUAAUGUAUCAUUUUGGGUGAUUUUUGUUUUUGAGUGGGUUUUGUUUUUAUUUUAAAUAUCAGUUUAUAAUUUUGUCAUGUGAAUAUUCCCUGCAUCAGAAGCUAUUUAAAAAUGUCAAGCUGUUGUUUAAAUCUUUUUAAAUUACUGUAGUUUUAAGUAGGUAUUGGGAAAAAAAAGAUCACUGUACUGUAAACAGUUUACUUAUUUAUGUAUUUAUUUAUUGUUUUUCAACAAAAGCCUUUGCAGGACACAAUUUUAUGUUAUGCUAGGGAACUCGGAAGGGACCAAACACCUACAAGUGCUUCAAUUUAAACUGUUUCAUAGUAUUAUCAAGAAUACCUAUUUUGACUAAUGCAUUUAAUUUAUAGUCUUAUUUACUUCUCAGUAAGAAUCAGUUUGAAGGUAUUGAUUGUUGGAAUUUAUACAUUUUUGUGCAUUUGUUAUAUUUCAGCCAUAUAACGUUUUUUUUUCCCCAAGAUUAUGUUAUAUAUUAGGCAUGCAACAAGUUAUUUAUUUUCCAUUUGCCAUUUUACAUAAGAUUUCUAAAAUUAGCAAUGAUAUGUGUAUUUGGAUAAAUGGUAAUGGUUUCACUUUCGCAGUUUACCCACUUAACAUGUGUGCAAUGUUUACAUGACACACGUGUCGCAUUUACAUAGCCAAACUAACACUGCAGGGAAGGGUUUUCUGCUUCUUUUCUGUUUACCGGAUGACUAUUUUGCCAGUACUUGUAACUAUCUAAGAGGAGAAAAACCCUGUUGUAUUUUGAUGCACUAUGCUGUGCAUCUCUAAUGAACAUAUUAGAUAUGUUUUACAUUUUAAGGACUGGCACAAAACCACAAAAGUUUUUUUUGAUUAUUUGAUUUUAUUAUGAUAAUUUAUUUAUUUGUUUGUCUGUUUGUUUGUUUGUUUGUUUGUUUUUGUUUAUUUCAACAUAUUUUAG